GGCCACAAAUGUUUGCUGGGAAUUCCAGAGGAGCAGGCAUGUGGCAUCGCAUAGUUCUGCUCGGCUGCAUGUGGAGUGCAUUUUUCGUGUGCCACAGCCAUGGGCAACAAAUCAACAUUGGUGCCUUCUUCUACGAUGAUGAACUGGAUCUGGAAAAGGAGUUCAUGGCGGUGGUCAACGCCAUAAAUGGACCUGAAUCGGACCAAACCCACCGCUUUUACCCACUGAUUAAACGCCUGAAGCCCGAGGAUGGGAGUGUGGCGAUGCAGGAGCAGGCCUGCGAUCUUAUAGAUAAUGGUGUCGCGGCUAUUUUCGGACCAAGUUCAAAGGCGGCGAGCGACAUCGUUGCCUUGGUGUGCAACAACACCGGUAUACCGCACAUUGAGUUCGAUGUGGCGGAUGAGGAGCACCAAGAGGAGAGACCCAACCACCAACUCACGCUGAACCUCUAUCCCUCACAGGUUAUAUUGUCCAAGGCCUAUGCGGAUAUUGUCCAGAACUUUGGGUGGCGCAAGUUCACUAUUGUCUAUGAUGCAGACGAUGCUAAGGCUGCAGCUCGCCUGCAGGAUCUUUUGCAGUUGCGGGAGGUUCACAAUGAUGUGGUGCGGGUGAGGAAGUUCCAGAAGGACGACGACUACAGGGUCAUGUGGAAGAGCAUCAGGGGUGAACGACGAGUGGUCUUGGACUGCGAGCCCAGCAUGUUAGUGGAUCUCUUGAACUCCUCCACUGAGUUUGGCCUAACUGGGCAGUACAAUCACAUAUUUCUAACAAAUUUGGAGACCUACACCGACAACCUGGAGGAACUGGCGGCGGAUAACGAAACUUUUGCCGUGAACAUAACAGCUGCUCGUCUCUUGGUCAAUCCCGAUCCGCCUGCGGUGAUACUCUCUCCUUAUGGGUACGUCGUUCAAAGGGAGAACGUCGUCUAUGAAAGCAAUGAACCGCCACGCACUCUCCUCCACGACCUGAUUCAUGAUGCACUGCAGCUUUUUGCGCAGUCCUGGCGGAACGCCAGCUUCUUUUACCCGGACAGGAUGGCCGUGCCGAGGAUAACCUGCGACCUUGCCGCAUCCGGAGGUCGCACCUGGGCCAUGGGUCGCUAUCUCGCACGCCUCAUGAAGGGGACUUCCGGCGUGAACAACGCCAACUUCCGGACAAGUAGCCUGCAGUUCGACGAGGACGGACAGCGGAUAACGUUCAACAUCGAGGUGUACGACCCCUUGGAUGGCGUUGGCAUAGCCACCUGGGACCCAAGGGGUCAGGUGACGCCGCUCAACGUGGACACCAAGGCGCAGAAGAAGAUUAUCUAUCGAGUGGCCACCAGAAUCGGCCCACCAUACUUUUCGAUUAACGAGACGGCAAUGGAGCUUAACAUGACAGGCAACGCCCUAUAUCAGGGAUAUGCCGUGGACCUUAUCGACGCUAUUGCGGCGCAGGUCGGAUUUGAGUAUGUCUUCAUUCCAGUUGCCGAUCAGCAGUACGGAAAGCAGGACAAGGACACUAAGCAGUGGAACGGAAUAAUCGGAGAAAUAAUCAAUAAUGAUGCUCACAUGGGAAUCUGCGAUCUGACCAUCACCCAGGCUCGCAAGACCGCAGUGGAUUUCACGGUGCCCUUCAUGCAGCUGGGCGUCAGCAUCCUCGCCUACAAAAGUCCCCAUGUGGAGAAGCCACUCGAUGCGUACCUAGAACCCUUUGGAGGAGAGGUCUGGAUCUGGAUCCUUAUAUCGGUGUUUGUGGUGACUUUUCUCAAGACAAUCGUGGCGCGAAUCUCCAAUAUGGACUGGGAGAACCCGCAUCCGUGCAACCGCGAUCCUGAAGUACUCGAGAAUCAGUGGCACAUCCACAAUACUGGGUGGUUGACUGUGGCAUCCAUUAUGACAGCAGGAUGUGACAUUCUACCAAGGAGUCCACAGGUGCGCAUGUUUGAGGCCACUUGGUGGAUUUUCGCCAUCAUCAUUGCCAACUCCUAUACGGCCAACUUGGCUGCCUUUUUGACCAGUUCCAAGAUGGAGGGCAGCAUAGCCAACUUAAAGGAUCUGAGUGGCCAGAAGAAGGUCAAGUUUGGCACCAUCUACGGCGGAAGUACCUACAAUCUUCUGGCCGACUCCAACGAGACUGUCUACCGCCUGGCCUUUAACCUGAUGAACAACGAUGACCCCUCUGCCUACACGAAAGACAAUCUUGAAGGGGUCGACCGAGUGCAGAAGAACAAAGGCGACUAUAUGUUCCUCAUGGAGACCACCACAUUGGAAUACCAUCGCGAGCAGAACUGCGACCUGCGCUCCGUGGGAGAGAAGUUUGGGGAGAAGCACUAUGCCAUUGCAGUUCCCUUCGGUGCGGAAUACAGAUCGAACUUGAGUGUGGCCAUCCUGAAGUUGAGUGAGACGGGGGCCCUGUACGAUCUUAAGCAGAGGUGGUGGAAGAACCCCAACGCCAGUUGCUUCGAGGAACCCGACACGGAUGCCACUCCUGACAUGAACUUUGAGGAGCUGCGCGGCAUAUUCUACACGCUGUACGUGGGAAUCCUGAUUGCCUUUCUCAUCGGCAUUACGGAGUUCCUGGUCUACGUACAGCAAGUGGCGCUGGAGGAAAGGCUCACUUUUAAGGCCGCCUUCAAGAAAGAGAUCUGGUUCGUGCUUUGCGUGUGGAACAACAAGAAACCUAUCGUAGCUGGCACACCGGUUUCUAGUGUCAGGAGUACACCCCGAAGAUCUGUGGAUAAGUCCCUGGAGCGUACUCCCAAGUCAAGUCGACGAAUUGUAAUAGGGCGUUCCUCGGAGGAGAUGCGGGAAAUGCCUCAAGGAUCUCGUUCUGGCUCCUCAUCGGGCACUAAUGAAGCUAAGGAGGACCAAAAAGAAGCGCGAGUUUAAAUCGGUUUACGUUGUGUGGUUUUUGAUAACUUUAAACCAAAAUAUAAGUUGAA